CGCACCCCGCGCGGUCUGCUCAGACUACGAGACGUUUGCUGGCACCCAGCGCUUCGAGCGUCUCUUCCUUCUGCCUUCUCUCCAAUCUCCGGUAAAAAGCUUGCAUCCUUUUGUGUCUAGUAGGCACAGCAAGCUGAUGAACAGAGACAUCUGCAUCCACACAUGGCCAUGUUCUUAUUAUUUGGAACCUGAGAAACGAUGGAUCCCUGGCAAGCUUUCAUUGACUUCUACUUUGCUAAAAUUUUUGACUGAUAAAAAUGGAGAAUUAUUGGUCAGCUUCCCCCUUUCAAGCAUCAGUGAGAUUAAAAAAGAAUCAUCUCACUUCAUCUUUAGCUCUAUCACUAUUUUGGAGAAGGACCACAUAAAGCACUGGUUCAGUUCCUUCCAACCUAGCCGGAAUGUGGUCUUCAACAUCAUUGAGCAUUUCUGGAGGGAGCUGCUGUUGUCUUACCCAGGAGCUGAGGCAUCUUCUCCCCAGAUGACCAAGGGUAAAGAACUGACAGGCCUAAUGGCCUGUUCCCAGAAACGUUUAGAAGAUACAGCAAAAGUCCUUCACCAUCAGGGUGAGCAAUUUGAUAAUAUCAUGAAAGGACUGGACAAGAUUGAAUCUGAUAUGGAUGUAGCUGACAGAUUGCUCACUGAACUUGAAUCUCCUUCUUGGUGGCCCUUUAGUACCAAACUCUGGAAAAGUCCAUCUGAAACAAAACCCAAGGAAAGCAUCCCAGUAUCCAGUUCUGAGCCAUUUGGAAAAUCAGGAGUGAUAAUAAAAAUCCCAGCAAUUAUUACACAAAAUACUGAGUUGCAUCCUAAACCAGGAAAAUUUACUGUCUUGGUUUCUGGAUUGGAAAUCAGUGACUCCAGUUCUCAACUUUUACACAGAUUUGAAAGGGAAGAUGUAGAUGACAUUAAAGUUCACACCCCUUAUGAAAUCAGCAUACGCCAGAGAUUUAUUGGUAAGCCAGACACAGCCUACCGACUAUUGUCAGCAAAGAUGCCAGAGAUUAUCCGAAUUUUAGAAGUGCAAUUCAGCAAGAAAAUUGAAUUUUUAGAAGAUGCAAUGGUGUUCCAGAGCACAAGAGACUCACCGCCAGCAGAGAAGGGCAAUGCCAUCUGGCGUGCAGCAUCUGGGUUCAUAGAAAGUGUGGUGCAUUCUGGACCUUCCCUCAAAAGUGGAGAAAGCAGUCAGAUCCAGUUACAAAUGAAUGAGCAGGUUUCUGAGGAAGAAGCUCAAGAACUAAGACAGAUCUUGAAGAAACUGAAGAGCAUUGCUCUAGAAACCGAGACAGAACUUGAGAGGCAGGAUGAAGUCCUUGAUGGCCUGACUUCCUCCGUGGAGCGCACGACCCUGACUAUCGACAAACAGAAUCGCAGAAUGAAGAAGCUGCUCUAGAAUCUCAGGCGGGGGACCAGUGGUUGGUGGUAACAUGAAACUCUCAGGAGACACAAAUGACUAUUUUAGGAUAAGUGAUUAUCUUAAUGUGUUGUUCUCUCAUUGUUUCUGUAGUCUUCAUUUAUGGAGAAGACAUCAUGAAAUAAUUUCCAGAAUUGGAUGCAUGUUUUGAAGCCUUCUCCCAGCAGCAAAAGAAGUCAGAAACUUUAAUCAUUGUGGAGUGAUUGAAGUCAGCUGUCUGUCACUUAAGACUACUUACUGACAGUGGGGUUCAGGGGUCCUGAAGACUUUCACUAACGAAAUUUCCAUGCACUGAAGGAAAACUUAUAGAUUUCUUUUUUGGAGGGGCAACUUUACAGUUUAAAAAACAAAACAAAACAAACUCUUUUGUCUGUGCAUAUAGGCACCUUCAGUGUGUGAACUUGUGUGGUGAAUUUGUUUGUUUGUUUUCCUGGAAUGGGAAUCGGAUCCUUGAUUUUGACACUAACUAGGUAAGUGACUGUGGGCAAGACCUAUAGUCCCCUUAGGCCUUAGUUUCCUCAAUUAUGAGAAAAACUAUCAUUAAGAAAGUUGGAUUGACUUAUCUCAGAGAUCUCUUACAGUCUGCCAUUCUGUUACAUCUGUGAGAGAGAAAAAAAAAUACUUCUAUCUAUUUAGUAAAAUGAUGAUGUAAUGUGAUGAUGAUCUGUUUAGUAAAAUGAGAUGGAGUACAGAAGUGUUAUUCCUUCUGGAUAUUUAGUUUAUUGAAACUCUGGAGAAGCCACAGGCGGGAUGUUUAAUACAAAGUGCCAAAUGCAGAAAUUUCUUUUAAAACAUUUUGUCUAGUUUCUAAGUAAUUUAUAUAUAGAUAUUAAUGCAACAAACAAACAAUUGACAGGAGCUCUUCUUGAAUUAUUGCAGCCUCUUCUCAACUUUAAAUAUAAGAUACAUUUUUGCGAGUUGAUUGUAUUUUAAUAAGAAGAAGAAAAUUAAAGCUCUUCAGAAAGAAGCAACUUGCCUUUUUGAGUACAGGCAUACCCUGUUUAAAUAAAACCUACUGCUUAGUUGCGUAUUAAACUCUCAAUAUUUUUCUUAAAAGCUUUCAAAUGAAUUCCCUUUCAGCCCUUGAAAACCUAAUGCUCCUUGCAGUGUCUGUACCCUGGAGUAAUCAUUCCCUUUGGGACUUUAAAACACUACAGAGGCUGCUUGGGCAUUAAUCACAUAUAUUCUCCCUUAGAUGUGGAAAUUAAUUUACUCCAUUUCUUUCUUGAUGGUUUUCUUUGAUAGAGUAGGUUUAUAAAAUUGUGCCAGCAGACUGUUCUAUUUUUCUUUUUAAUUUUACUGCAGUUUUCUAGCUGAGAACACCUCCAGGAUAUCUUAUAAACACCUUAAAUUUUCAUUUACUGCCCAGUUCUUUAGCCAAAAAUAAAAAAAAAGGCAGCUAGUUAUAUAGUAUAUUUUAAAAACGCAUGUUGGUCUUUGCUUUUACUGCCUCAUUUCUAGCCAGAAUCGAAAGAAAACUGCUAUAUGUAGUGUACUUUUCAAAACCUAUAUUGAUUUUGGAGGGUUUGAUUUAUGUGUUUCACUUAGCAGACCAGAAGUUAACGCUUUCUCCUCCUGGUAAAAAUUACUCAUGAAACAAAGCUACUUGUGGUCUACAAACUCCAUCCUGGAGGUAGGGGUCAGAAUUGGGGUGCAGAGCAUAAUGAAAAGUAGAUUUGUCUCUGGACAUUAUUCUUUCACAAUCAUCAUUUUAUUUUCUCAUCACAUUUACCACUAACAAUUUAUUACCAUUUUAAAAAGGUUUUGCUUUCAGACUCUUGAAAUAAAGUAGUGAAGAAAUAUUUUUAGACAUAUUAUCAAGAGAACUUUUUUUGAAAUACUGGUAUUUGAGGAUUAAUUUUUAUCCCAUUAACAAGUGUAAAUGGUUAUUAUGACCUGUUACAAAAAAAAAAAUUUGGACUCCUGUUGACAUUAUCAUUUAGAUAAUUGCCAUUAUUGGCAACAACUCAACACUAUUAUCAGUUUGGGUUGUGGCUCUUUGUUUUUUCAUAUGUGGUUAUCUUGAUGAUUUUCCUAAAGACUACUGAGAAAUUGUGGAUAAAAGAAUGGUGCUACAAUGCAGAUUGCUUUGGUGGAACCAGGUAAUGCUGCUAUGAUUAUAGAAGAAGCAAGACUGUACAAUUUCUGAUACACAGAUACACUGUACAUUGUCCUUGUAGUCCCUUAUGUUUCAUUCAGGCCUUCCCUACCUUCUCCUCCCCAAAUUGAAAUUGGGCCUACUGGAAUAAAGACCAUCUUAUUUCAAAGGUUCUUUUUUUCUAAGAUGGUUAUAUGGAUAAUAAUGGUUUUUUGGAACCUUUUUCUUGGACAAUUUAGAAUUUUGUGAGUUUUAUAGAACUUAAGACCACUCCUUUCAAAGGUUCAUUACAUUUUAGCUUAUAAAUAAAUGCUUAAGUCUUUUCACUUUGUUAAACACUGUGGCUUCCACUAUGCCCUUUGGAGAAGAUAGGAUGUUAGGUCUACCCUUAAAUCAAAGUUUUUUGCUUUUUAAAAAAAACACAUAUUAGAGUAUGUAAUUUUUUUUUAGUGUACCAGUAAGGUAGUCAUCAUACCAUCUGCACAAAUUAUUGUUAUAAGUUUUGGAAGAGGGCACAGAGAAAAGGAAUAUAUACUCCCUGCCUUCAAGGGAUUUGCAACUAAGAGGCAAGACAUCACGAAUGCUAACAAUACAAAAUAGCAUAGAAGUACCUGGAGUUGAAUCAACAGUUACUCCCAUAUGUAUUCAGAAGAAGGUAAGACAAUUUUGCUAAUGUUUAAUGGACAUAAAGAGAAUGAUUAUGAAAUCAAUACCUAAAGCUACAUACAAAUCUCAGCUUUCUCCCCCUCUCCUCAGCUGGAAUUUGUCUGAUGAUUAUUCUUUCCAUCACUAUGGUCACACUCUAGCUUGGACCACUAGCCCAGCAAGCCUUUAUAUGCUGAUAACAGCUACUGCUUUGGGCGCUAGAGUAUGAGUCAACAAGGCUUAGUAGAUAGGAGAGUAGACUUCAAGUCUACUUGAAGACCGUGGCUUUGAAUCUCACUCAGUAACAUUAGUCAUUUCCCUUCCUCUCAGCCUUAGUUUUCUCACUGUAAAAUGGAAAUAGUAAAACUCAUAAUAUGACCAUAAGAAAUGAUGUUUGUAAAGCACUUUGCAAACUCUAAAGUCCUUUAUAAAUGUUAUUUGUUACACAUGUCAAACACAUAGGAGUACAUACACAUACAUACCACAUUCUAUGAAUUUGUGUAUACAUAACUAUGUAAAAAAUUAGGAUAACCAUUCUGACAUGAAAUAUAAAAGCAGGAACCCCAGAAGAGACUAGGGAGAAAAAUAACUGAAUGUUCUUCAGCAGGCUAGGAUUUUGUUUUGUAUUGAAACAAUCAGUUUACAUGAGAGAUAUGGAAUGAGGUCUAGAAAUGCUCUAAACGAUAUUGUUAUAAUACCUAUCAGAUUAGUAGAGGAAAGAAAUAGUAUUUCUAUUUUGUAUAGAACUUUCUAAGCUCUUUCUAAAAGAACUUUUUAACUCAUGAUUUUCACAAAAGUGCUAUGCACUAGGCAGGAAAGAUAGUAUUGAGUCUUAUUCAAAAAGAUUCUGGCAUGUCCAGGUAACAUCUCUAGGGAUAUAAUUGUGACUAGGAUUACGUUUUCUAAUUCUUAGGCAGUGAGUACUAGAGAUAGAAUAUAUUAAUUUUUGCAAACUCUUUGUCAAGCUAUAUACCGACAAGAAUUUACAAAUGCCAAAAAUCUAUUGUCUUACAUGGGCCCCUUGGCCAGUAUUCCUCUAUUGUGCCCAUUUGACUUCUCUCAAUUCCCCUAGUCAGGGUCAGGAAAACCUGUGUUUCAAAAAAAAAAAAAAAAAAAAAAAAAAGUCAUCUUAUUAGACAGAUGCUGCUCAAAUUUGCUCCCUCAGCACAUCUUGUGGUUAUUUGUUUACUCUCAAAUAUCCUCUUUUCGUAAGUGUGUAACUAUUCCCUGGUAUGUUUCAAUUCUUUAUAUGUAGCACUUCUCAAGGGAAAGCUUUACCCCCAAGUUUUGACUCUGCUUUCUUCUAGUUGGUAACCCUUUCAUGUAACUUCACUACAUUCUUUGGAUAGUACUAUAGACUAUAAGGAGGUAAAUGCUAGACUAAGCUUUCAUACAAAAAAAAAAAGAAAAGAAAAGAAAAAAAGGAAAAUUCUAGGGUAAGAACUGUUUACAGUGAAAAAUAGCAUUAUUCAAACUCAGAGACUGAACAUACUUUCAAGUUUAAAGUACAGUUCAGACCCAGUCAUAGUAUUAUGGAAUCAGCGGCUGCUCUUGGCAUUGCUACCUCACAUUUAAAAGUAGCUGUCAUUUUUAGCUUAGCUCACCUGGGUAUUGCCUGAACUGACAUCUUGUAGUUUAACCUCUCAACUUUCAACCCAAAUCCUUGUCUCUGAAGGAAAAAGAUUCAUUACUAGUUAGUCCCCAAAAUUAUUAAGCAUUUACUGGUAGUAAAACAUAAAAUUCUCAAUCCAGGAGUUGUCCUCUUAAAGUCUCAGCUAAUAAAUUAGACUUUCAUGUGUAAAUAAACUUCUACCAGAAACUUUGACUACUUCCCAACUUCCUUGUUCAUAUCUUGUUUUCUAUAUGCUUCUUUGAGAUUAACUUGAGAAUCUUCAAAUCUCAUUUUGGGAAGGCAAAUCAGAAGUCAUCAAAGUUAAGUUUUUACUUGAACAAGAAAAUCUUUUAUUGCAUCCCUGAAAGGUGGUCAUCUAGCCUUUGCGUGAGCCCUCUAGUGAUUGGAAACUCAGUGUGUUCUAAAGUGUCUAGCCUCCCUUUUUGGGUGGCUCCAAUUGUUAGACUUUUUUGUGUGACAUCAGAUUUAAAUCAGUGUCUUUAUAACUUCCAUAUAUUUUUUCUGGUUCUGCUUUCUGGUCCAAUUAGAAUAAAUCCUCUUCAGAUAUUUGAAGACAGAGAUCUUGCCUCCCCCUAAGACUUCUCUUUCCUAUGGCAAACAAUCCCAGUUGCUUCAAUCAGUUCUCAUAUAAAUAUAUGUAGUAUAAUCUUGAGAUUUUUCACUAUCCUAGACUUCUUGGUCAUGUGUGAAGAGAUGUUCAGAGAAUACAAAGUGAAGUGAGGGAUGGUGAUUGAGGGCAUUUCUGGAAUUGUGGUCUGGAAUAGGCAGGUAUUGUACAGGACAGUGGGGCGUUGGAUUGAAUUUUUUCUCUAGGGUAGCAAAGGCCAGUUGGGUUGGCUAUAGAGGAAUAGAGAAUAAAGAUGCCAUUUCUCUCAUAGCCCUGGGAUAAAUUUGUCUAGGUCUGAUAUCUUGAGCUUAUCCACGCAUCUAGGUACUUCUUUCCAUCUCCCUACUUAUCUUGGAUUAUCCUUUUUUUGUACCAUCUAUGGCAGAAAAUAACAAGAACAAAAACAUUGAAUAAUUUUGACUUUUCAUGUAGUUCUGCACAUUCUAGGCCAUAUAUCCAUUUUGCACUGCCACUGUUACUGCUAUCACCCUCUCUAAUCCAGACCACGGAGACCAGGAGGCACAGAAACCAUGUAGUCCUGCAUUCCUUGGUUUCUGUAUCUUCAUCUUCACCCUGGUCAUUUUCUAUCCUGUCAACCUGGGAGUACCUCUUUUUUCUCUUUACAUCUUUUCCUCUGAGAAUCAAACACACACCACCAUUUUGGAAAGAGCUUAUCUGUGAACUCCCCUCUUAGUCCACUUAACAUCUCUGUAACUUGCCACAUCAGAUCACCCUUUCUUAGAACUGCUCCCUUGGUGGAUAUGUUGUCUUCUGUCAACAUGUAAGGGUGAAUAUUCAUGACUUCGUAAUUGUAAGUCUUAGUACCGUGCUUCACACAUGAUAAAUAAAUACUUAGUAGGGCCAAAUGUUCUUUGUUGACUUUUAGACUAUUCAAUCCUACCUGUCCUUUCUCUGAAUCCUUUGAAAACUUCUCUCCUAAAAUCUAAUAUAAAUAGCAAACUGUGCUGGAUUUACUUUUGUGACUAAUGAUGUGGAAUGACCACCUUUCCCCAAGGCUCCCAUUAUAUCUUUUUUAACAACUAGUUUCUCACGGUGUGUGAGAAUCAGUCUAUCAAUCUAAUUGGCCCUUUUAGAGGAUGCAUACUAUAAUACUUAAAAAAAAAAAAAAAAAAAAA